AUGAAUGGGCGGAUGCAUUUUUUUCAUUCCUUUUUCUCUUUUCUGUGCAGGGUUUUCAAGAAGACCAGCGGCAGCAACCAGCUGACUCUGCUCCUGGGGAAGAGAGAUUAUGUUGAUCAUGUGGACAAAGUGGACAUUGUUGAGGGUGUGGUGAAGAUUGACCCCACUGACCUCGGUGACAGGAAAGUGUGGGUGCAGCUGUGCUGCGCGUUCCGUUACGGCCGCGAUGACCUGGAUGUUAUCGGCCUGUCCUUCAGGAAGGACAUCUGGAUCCAUCACAUCCAGCUUUAUCCAGACGCCGGAUACAAACCCACCCUGACAGAAAUGCACGACACGCUGCUGAAGAAAGCGGGAGAGCAGAGCUACCCCUUCACCUUCGAGAUCCCCACCAACCUGCCCUGCUCAGUCACUCUCCAGCCUGGACCAGACGAUAAGGGCAAGCCCUGCGGAGUGGACUUUGAGGUGAAGACCUACAUGGCCAAAGCAGCUGAAGACCCAGACGAGAAAAUCGACAAAAAGGACACCGCCCGGCUCGUCAUCCGCAAAAUCCAGUUCGCUCCCGAUAACACUGGAUCUGGACAGAAAGCUGAAAUCUGCAAGAGCUUCAUGAUGUCUGACAAACCUGUUCUUCUGGAAGCUACUCUGGAUAAAGAUAUUUAUUACCAUGGAGAAGUCAUCCCUGUUAAGGUGAAGGUCAAGAAUGACACCAACAAAGUGGUGAAGAAAAUCAAAAUUACUAUUGACCAGACCACAGAUGUGAUUCUGUAUUCCGCGGAUAAAUACACCAAGAAUGUUCUGACCGAAGAGUUCAAUGAGACGGUGGAGGCGAAUGCAACGUUUGAGAAGACUCUGCCCAUCACCCCCCUACUGGCCAACAACAAAGAGAAACGUGGUCUCGCUCUGGAUGGACGACUGAAGGAAGAGGACACUAACCUGGCCUCCACCACUGUUCUGCGGCCCGGAAUGGACAAGGAAGUUCUGGGAAUUCUGGUGUCAUACAAAGUCAAAGUUAACCUCAUGGUGUCCGGCGGAGGCCUGUUGGGAGGUCUAACAGCCAGUGAUGUAACAGUGGACCUGCCUCUGACUCUGAUGCACCCCAAACCCACAGAUCUCCAGGUCAGAGUAGAUCCUUCGUUUAGUUUCCCUCAGAAGACACACAAUGAGACACAGCAGGAGAACUGGAAGAACAUGUGA